AAGAGUGUCAUGUAAGUUACAGAGUAGAAACAAAUUCUACUACUGUAUAAAAUCAAUUCACAUCCUCACCCCAUGAAUUUGAGAUAUACUUAUAUCUGAACUUUGGAAAGUGGUGGAAUGUCAAAUUCCAAACUAAAUAAGUUACUUUAUUGAGUGAAUUUCAAUUUCUCUAAAAUAAAGGGAUCCAAACGUCCUGGUUUUCAACACAGCUUAUUGGCUCUGCAUUGUUGCUUCACUUGAGUAAAGAAAUUGAUUUGUUUUGGUGGGUUGUGAUGAGUUUUAAUUGUGAACAGGUUGGGUUGGGUGGGUUUAUUUUGUAUUGCAGGUUAAAAUGGUUGAUACUCAUGGGUGCAGAUGAGUUUGUAUAGACAUGGGCAUCCAUGGGUCUUACCCAUCCGUAUGUAGGUCUGCAAUAUUUUAGGUGGGUUUAAAAAUGAGUUUGUUUUGGUGGUUUGUGUUGGGUUUAAUUGUGAACGGGUUGGGUGGGUUUAUUUUGUAUUGCGGGUCAAAAUGGUUGAUAUCCAUAUGUGUAGAUGAGUUUGCAUAGACAUGGGCUUCUAUGGGUCUUCACUCAUACAUAUGGACCGUAUUCGACUACCAAGUGUCCAAGUCCCAGCAGACUUACAGUCUUACAGACCAAACUCAAGUACUUAACCCUAACUCUUGUGCUUCAUCCUCGUGCCGCACUUAGUGCUCCUCUCCCGCCCUAGAGGUCGUGCGAAUCCCACCCUGGCGGCCGGCGACUCCUCUCCCGUGCUCCAUCCCGCCCUGGCGCAUUCCGCUCCUCUCUCCGUGUUCCAUCCCCGCUCGGCCACUCCUCUCCCGCGUGCUCGCCAGCACGGGCCGCUCCUCUCCCGUCUGCUCGCCAACAACAACAUUGACUAUAAAUUAUUUACUUAACAUUAUUGACCCCAAACCAAUCCAUAACUGGGUGGAAACCCAUAGAAAAUCCAGGGGUUCAGCUUGUUAAGUCAGCAACAUACACAAUGACAAAUUUACAGGUAGCUUCAAUAUCACUGUGUAUGCUGCUGCCUUAAUAAUCUGAAUCCGCGGGUUUUCUAUGGGUUUCCACCCAGUUAUGGAUUGGUUUGUGGUCAAUAAUGUUAUUGGGUGGGCUGGAUUUAAUUUCCUCCUUAUGUUUUUUGUGGUUGUGAGAUGUAUGUCAAAGUUACUAGAUUUGGGUGUGGGUUGAGUUUUUUUUUGCCAUUAGCAGGCUUAAGCUCCAUGCCAUUGCGGGCUUGCGGCCAAGAAACAUCUGAUCAAAGCACCAACUUUUUUCAAUCAAGCCCAGAAACAUCUGAUCCAAGUGCCUACUUUCUCCAAUAACACGCACACAGUCUCGACAGAUCAACUUGUCAGCAACCACUUGGAGUUUGAUAAAUUUAUCUGGAAGUGACACUUUUUAUUUUUGUUGUUACCUGCUCCAUGGAAUCAUAUAUUCUCAUUCUCGUUUGAAAGUGGGAAAAAGUUCGAGAAAGAAUAAAGGGGCGAUGGAAGCGAAUCUGGUUCUAACCUCACCCGCCGAGCCCUGUUGGCAUAUAAUAGAAGUAGAACAAACAGUGGCGAUGGAAUGGUGGAAGUGUAAUGAUUUUCGAUUACGGUUUUAAACACAGCUUAUUGGCUCUGUUGCUUCACUUUAGUGUAGCAAGUCAGACUAAUUCUGAAACAAAAUGACCUGAGCUCCAUGCCAUUGCGGCCAAGAAACAUCUGAUCAAAGCACCAACUUUUUUCAAUCAAGCCCAGAAACAUCUGAUCCAAGUGCCUACUUUUUUGAAUAACACGCACACAUUCUCGACAGAUCAACUUGUCAGCAACCACUUGGAGUUUGGUAAAUUUAUCUGGAAGUAACACCUUUUAUUUUUGUUGUUACCUGCUCCAUGGAAUCAUAUAUUCUCAUUCUCGUUUGAAAGUGGGAAAAAGUUCGAAAAGAAUAAAGGGGCGAUGGAAGCGAAUCUGGUUCUAACCUCACCCGCCGAGCCCUGUUGGCAUAUAAUAGAAGUAGAACAAACAGUGGCGAUGGAAUGGUGGACUGAUCAGUAAUAAUAUUUGUUCAAGGAUAUAUGCUAUCAACACUUCAAAGAUGCCACAUUACUUCCACAAAGUUGCAUCACAACCAAGGAGCUCGGAACCGUGAUGCGGUCUCUCGGGCAGAACCCCACCGAGGCGGAGCUGCAGGACAUGAUCGCCGAGGUGGACAGCAACGGCAGCGGCACCAUCGACGAGCAGGAGUUCCUGGGCCUGAUGGCGCGCAAGAUGAGGGACGCGGAGUCGGAGGAGGAGCUCAGGGAGGCGUUCCGCGUGUUCGACAAGGACCAGAACGGGGUGAUCUCCGCGGCCGAGCUCCGGCACUUGAUGACCAACCUCGGGGAGAAGCUGAGCGAGCAGGAGGUGGCCGAGAUGGUCCGUGAGGCCGACGUGGACCGCGACGGCCACAUCAACUACGACGAGUUCGUCAAGGUCAUGACGGCCAAGCGAAGGAGCAAGAGGACGGAGGAGAAGGCGACGCGCGGCAAGAAGAAACCGGCGGCGGCGCCGUCCGACGCCGGCAAGCGUGGCCAGAAAUGCGUGAUCCUGUGAGCCGGAGCUUCGGUUGUCCAGUACAUGCUGGUGCAGUGGUGCUGCGUGCGUGUCACCCGCUCGACCUCUGCUUCCGGCACACCAGCUGCGGGAAGCUCCACUUGUUCUGCAGGUGAAUGUAGCUGUUUGUAAACUUAUCAGAGCGUGUUUGGGAGCAUGAUUGAAUGGGAAAAUCCACUUGAGUAAGGGAUUUUAGUCAUCUAGAUCUCCUCUAAUCUCCUUGCUCCCAAACAAGCCAUUAAAUAAGAAAAACGGAGGAAGUAACUGUUUGUCAAUCUUGUACAUGUGCUCGUGUAGCCUGUCUGGUCUUGUAGUUUCGGGCUCAUAGGUCAGUGGUAAAAGCAAUGUCACAACAGAAUUUGUGAUGAAUAUUUAACUAUCACAAUAAGAAACGAUCUGAUUUUUACGACCA